CAGUUGUCAAAAACUACUACGUGAAAGCCAAAAGUCAAAAUCAAAAUGAAAAAGUGAUGUACAGCUUCGAAUAGUAGUGGAAAACAUAAAAAAUACAUGAAAACUAUUAUUAAUUGAACAGAUUUUUCCGAAAAAUCAAACCUACGAGUGUUUGUUAACCGAAACAUCUAGUGUAUAAAGUGCAAACCGGAACAUACGGUCGGGUUUGAGCAAAUUUCAAAGGGGCAUCGAGAACAGAAAAAUUUGCGGGGCCGUCGCUACGCCCUCAAUAUAUCUGCGUGUCGAUAGUUAUAGAAGCUGUGUGGAGGGACCGGGAGUGUUUUGCUUUUUACAGGAUUACUUGGGGAAAUUGUGUUGGAAAGCACUAAUCUUUGAUUUGCUUUAUUCUUUUAAUUUAUUUUAUUUGUUACUGGAUUUUGAACUGCUACGAAAAAUAUGGUGUGAAUUCAUGUGAAUGGACAUAUAAAAAAAUUAAAACGACGAUAAAAUGAUACAGACCAUCGAAGAUGUCAGCGAUUGUGUGCCGCUGUAUCUGCCGCAUAGCCUGUAUCUCAAACCUUCAUCGAAGUUCAAUGUAUCGGUGGCACUACCAAAUGCCAUUACCGGUAAAACCAUAUCUAACUAUGAGGUCAUGGAAAAAAUGCGCCAAAUGAUCCUGCCGGAUAAAUUUUCAAUGCUAAAGAUCCGUUCUUUAUCACAGGUGUCCAAAAGCACCGUCGGUUUCAUCCGCUUCGAGGGAGAACUUGAAGAUCGCAGCAAACUGCGGCAUGUACUGGGGCGACUGGAUGGACGUCCUAUUCGUCUAGCCGGGUUCAGUGAAUCCGUGAAGCUGCGAGCCUCGGAGGCAAAAGAUGAUUUCCCAACGAGGCACGAUUGGGAUUCGUUUUUUCGUGAUGCUCGAAAUAUGGACGAAAUGAAAGCGGGCGAACGGCCAGAUACGAUACACUUGUCUAAUCUACCGAUUAAAUGGUUUUGCCCUCGUCACCAAGAAAAUGAUGACGGCGCAAAGCCAAGUGAAAGUAUCUUCAAGCGGAUAUUCGAAAAAUUUGGCGACGUUCGCUGUGUUGAUAUUCCUAUUUGUGAUCCUUAUCGGGCACAGAUGAAGUCGCACAUGUCUGGGAUGCAAAAGUUCAGCUUCGAUCAGGAGAUGUACUUCGAAGGAUAUGUUCAGUUUAGCGAGUAUGUUGGCUUCGUCAAGGCGAUGGACGAAUUCCGGGGUAUGAAGUUAGUGCGAAAGGAGUCGGAUAAAAAUUUAGCUGUCACAAUAUCGGUGGAAUUUGAUCGCACCAAACACUUGAGUGAUGCAUCGAUCAAGAAGCGGAAAGUGGUUCGCGAUCGGUUAAUUGCAACUGAUCAUGAAAAAGAGGAACAGGAAAAGAAGCGUGUCGCAGAAGAGGAGGCAAAAAAAGAGCGCGAGAGAAAGCGUCAGGAGGAGCUGCUCAAAGCGGAAGAGCUAAAGCGAAUGCAACGCGAACAACGCCGCAAGGAGAAACAUUUGCAGAAGCUGCGCCAGCGUGAGUCAGAUGAAAUUAGCCUUAAAAUCCUGCAGGAGGAGAGAAAACUGAUGGAGACUCAACGAAAGCUAGAAAGUAUUCGAUUAUUGGAUGCACUGUUUGAAAGAAUUAAGACCAAGCAAGCUUUAUUAUCAAGCAAAGUCAGCAAUGCUCUGAAAAAGGAAACCGCUAACAAAUCAGUUUUCAACAAAAAGGCGGACAAACUGAAAGCCACCCAAGAAAAAGAGAUGGAGAAAAUGCGCGUCCGCGUGAAGAGUGUAAAAGAUGGAAAUUUAUUGAAAAACUUUCUAGGAACAUCUGGUCGGACCUCUGCCAACCGAUCUCGAUCACCCAGCAUAAACAGUAUAAGCUCCGAUGAUAGUAUUCUCAACGACUAUCCCGUAGAUCCGAAGAAGAAAAAGAAGAAGAAGAAAUCCAGUUCCGAUCUUAGUUCCACCACCAACUCGGAUAUUUCAGAAAACGAAGGCGUUGAAGAGCCUCAAGAGGGGACCAGCGCAGUGGUUCCUUAUCCCGCAGCACCAGUGGCGAUGCCCCCGGCGCCCUAUCCUGGAAUGUAUCCUGGAUUCGAUUGGGCUGCUUUAGGGUAUCCAUACGCUUACGAUCCGUUUUAUGCACAGCGGGCUGGAUACUAUGCUAGUGCCAUGGCAUAUCGCGGGUUUCGUGGAGCUCCGCGUGGUCCCAGAUAUCCAAGAAGCCGAGGUAGAGGCGCUUAUCGUGGGCGCGGAUACGAAAAUUACCGUGAUAGAGACGAUUAUGGUGAUUACGAAUACCACGAACGAGAUCGCGAACGAGACAGAGAUCGCUCAAGAACGCGUUCCUAUUCGCGGUCAAGAUCCAGAUCACGUUCCAGGUCACAUCGCAGGCGGUCUCGUAGCAGAAGUCGUAGUCGUUCGAGAGGUCGUAGUCGGUCUCGUCGUUCAAGGACACGAUCGCGUUCAUCUCGAUCUAGUUCUAGAUCUAGAUCGAAACGUCGAUCUAGAACAAGAUCUGAUCGCUCACGAUCGAAGUCGCGUCGAUCGGAAUCUAAAUCAAAAAAGUUGGUACAGGUAUCAAAGCCAACGUCGAAGCACCUUGCUUCUACAAUAAGAAAUUCACGAUCAAGAACAAAGUCCCGAUCGAGAACACGGUCCAGAUCACGUUAUCGCCACCGAUCGAAGCAUCGUCACCGAUCUUACACACGACGAACAAACUCGAAAGAACCAGAAGAUGAAACCGUUCCGGAAUCAUUUCGGAAGCAUCGAAUUGUACUGCAAACCGACAAGCUAGUUAAAUCAGCUAAGGAAAUCGAGGAAGAAGUGCGUGAACAGCUGCGCAAGCAACAAGAAGAAGAAGAUCGAAAUUUGAAGGAAAUGGAAAGAAGCAAUCACAAAAAUGAAAAUAUUGAUGCGGAAACAGAGCAAACCAACAACCACGAACUGCGCAAGCAAUCGAAGUCACGAUCGCCAUCUCAUUCUCGCAAUCAUCCGUACCGCAGGCGCUCCCGUUCUGCUAGUAGAAGUCGUUCCAAUUCGCCAGUUAAGAGGAAACAUCGUAAAGCAUCCUCCAGGUCUAAAUCCACCUCGACUGAGAAGAGUUCCGGUGACAAGCACCGACGAGCAUCUCCGCACGUGAACUCAUCAAGAAAAUCGCGAAAAGAUCAAAACCAUUAUCGUGAUGAGUCAAAGCGAUCCAGAACCAGUCGUUCGCACUCCGAGCGGUCGGAGCGAAAACGCAGAUCUAACUCAACAGACAGUGAAAAAUUAGCCGCUUCCAGGCACAGAGAUAAAGCUGGAGUGUAUGCCAGCUAAACGAAUUCUGAAAGUUUUUUUUAAUAUUAUUCAUUUGCAUCAUUUCUUCUUGUUUCAAUAUUAGUUUGAACAGAUACAUGUUUUCAAAACUCAUUAAAUUUGAAGAAACUGUAAA